CAUAACCAUUUGCCCCAUUUCACUCCAUCCCAUUCAAUCUUCUCCCAUCCCUGCCAUGCAACAGAACUCGCGCUUUACGGUCACUAGAGAUCGUAUGUCCGAACUCAGAAAUACUUCUGAUAGUAAUGAAGAGUUUGGACCCCCUCGUAUUCCAGACGGUUAUCGUUCCUCGUCGCAGUUGAUCGGACGACAUAGAUUAAACGAAGAAGAAUUCGCCCAACCGAGAUCAUCAGUUGACUUGGGACAUCAAGGUCGUAAAACCGAGUCUUUUGAGAUGCAGACUAGAAGCCGUACAGUUUUGCCACCAGCUGAUCUCAGCACUACUGAUGGUUAUUUGACAGAGGUCAAUGUGCUCAGAGAAGCUAUCCGGGAUGUUAGCAACAAUAUUACCCUUAUUGGAGAACUUCAUAAUGCUUCAUUGGUCAGUAUCAAUGAGACACAGACUGCCCGAAGCUCUCAACAGCUCGAAGAGUUUGUCGCAGACACUUCUCGACAGAACAACAUCAUUAAGGCUAGAAUUAAAGCCAUGGAACAGAGCAACUUCAACCUCAAAAACAAUUCUGAUCUAAACAUCCGAAGGUCUCAUGUUGACAGCCUUAAAAAGGAAUUCGUAAGAGUUAUCCGUAGCUAUCAGGAUGUUGAGCGCACAUACUCGCAAAAGUACCGUCAGCGUAUCGAAAGACAAAUAAGAAUCGUGAAACCUGAUGUAACUAGCGAAGAGAUUGAUGCCGUAAUUGAAUCUGACCAGCAGAACACCAUAUUUGCCCAGAGUUUGAUGCAGUCUAGCCGUACUGGACAGGCACGCGCUGCCCUGAACGAGGUCCAGACACGCCACGAUGAUAUCAAGAAGAUUGAAAAAACUAUAAUUGAACUUCAACAAUUGUUCAUGGACAUGCAAAUGCUUGUUGAGAACCAGGGCCAAGUAAUUGACACAAUCGAACAACACGCAGAGACAACAACUGGUGACUUGGAACAAGGUGUCAAGCACAUUGACAAAGCAAUCAAAUAUGCUAUUUCCACCCGUGCCAAAAAAUGGUGCUGCUUUGUUAUUGCCAUUAUCCUUUGUGUGGUUAUUGCUAUCCUCGUCUGGUGGUUUGCAUUCGACCACAAGGGUGUCGGAGGAAACUAAGAACAUAAAAAUAAUAAUUAUAAUAACGAUAACGAUCACGAUAAUAAUACUACUAUAAUAUAGCAAAGCGGGAGGCAACUUAUUUCUAUCAUUACCACGUACACCUCCCGCACAGUAGCAAAUGUUCCCAAGCAGAUCAAAUUCCAUUUUAUCUGUUAAAACCUUCUCUCUCUCUCACUAUCUUUCACUAUCUAUUUCUUUAUACCUCUUUGUUAACUCUUAUAAUAUGCUAAAUUACGUACCAUCU